GUUUUCUCGGUAAUACAGGUAUUAAUUUCUGAUAUAAUGAAUUUGUACAAGGAAUAUCAGUGGAAAGUUGAUUUAUUAUAAGAAAAUUCAUGGAACAUUUAUUACUUGAUAACCAUCAAUUAUUUUAUAUAUAAUUAUGCAUUUAGAACUCCUUUUGAGUUCUGUUAGACACUGAGCAUAAAAACAAGUUAAGAUUAUAUCAGAAUAUUAAUAGUAUAGUCGAUAUAAUCAUCUAUUACGCGUUUAAGAAGUGUUUAUUAACAUACAAACAUAUGUUGUUUUUUUUUUCUUUGAAAAUGAAUAAGCAUAAAAAGAUUUAAAUUGUAAACAAUGCAAUGUUCGUCCUGCUCUUAAAAAUUAUACUUUAAUUACUAUCAUAUGAAUGAAAAGGAAAAGUAAAUUGAAAAUAUCUUGUUUUGUUUCAUAGUUAUUUGAAUCGCGCAUUGCCGCGAGAAAUUCGUAAUGGUUUUGUCGGUUUUUACUCACAGUUUAAUCGCGCGGUACUAACGUGGUACAUCUGGUAACGAAACAUUGCUUAUUCGUUAGUGUAAUGCUAUUACGAACAUACAGCUGGGAAAUGAAUUGCCGAUUUAAGUCACUUGCUCGCAAUUUUGGAGUUUUAAAGCAUCAACCAGUUUUUGGAUUUGAACAUCCUGCUUUGAAAUUGCCUAUAACACAACUUGUCAGAUAUAAAUCUGAAACACCAAUGAAUACAAUUAUAUUAUUUGUUCCACAGCAAGAGGCAUGGAUCGUUGAAAGGAUGGGAAAAUUUCAUAAAGUUCUAGAACCAGGAUUUAAUCUCCUUAUGCCGUUAAUCGAUGACAUCAGAUACGUUCAAAGUCUGAAAGAAUUGGCAAUAGAGAUACCUCAACAAAGUGCAGUUACUUCGGAUAACGUGACGUUAAAUAUCGAUGGAGUUUUAUAUUUAAGAGUAAAUGAUCCAUAUUUAGCUUCCUACGGUGUCGAAGAUCCUGAAUUUGCUGUAGUUCAAUUAGCUCAAACAACAAUGAGGUCAGAGUUGGGAAAAAUAGCUCUGGACAAAGUAUUUAGAGAGAGAGAAGGUCUUAAUGUUUCUAUUGUUGAAAGUAUAAAUAAAGCAAGCGAAGCUUGGGGUAUAACUUGUCUUAGAUAUGAAAUACGUGAUAUAAGGUUACCACCAAGAGUGCAAGAAGCAAUGCAAAUGCAGGUAGAAGCAGAACGUAAAAAACGAGCUGCAGUGUUGGAAUCAGAGGGUACCAGGGAAGCAGAAAUAAAUAUUGCCGAGGGAAAACGAUUGGCACAAAUUUUAGCAUCAGAGGCUGCAAAACAAGAGGAAAUAAAUAAAGCAAAUGGUAAAGCAUCCGCUAUAAUAGCCAUUGCGGAAGCACGUGCAAAGAGUUUGAAACUUGUAGGAAAUGCUCUUAGCUUAACAGAUGCAAAAAAUGCAGCUGCGUAUAGUAUAGCAGAACAGUAUGUUAAGGCAUUUAAUGAGCUAGCAAAAGUUAACAAUACUUUGAUCUUGCCCAGUAAUGUAUCCGAUGUGUCUUCCCAAGUAGCCCAAGCAAUGACUAUUUAUAAACAAGUCCUGUCCCGGCCCAGUUUAGACAAUGGUAGAAAAGGAACCAGAGACGCUUCGCUCGAUCUUCACGAUGCAGACGAGUCUUUCGAAUACUUUAGCGAUAAGGAGGAAGCGGAAAAACAUAGAGAAAGCAAAAGGAAACGAAAUCCUGAAAUGCUGUAAAAUAGUUAUCCACAAUAUAAAUAUAUAUUUUGACUUUUCGUUA